GUUUGAAUAGCUCUCUGGACCGUUUCAAUUUCUCUCUCUCUCUCUCUCUUUCUCUGUACUUUCUCAGUGCAUUUUGCAGAUCUCUCUCUAACUCUUCUAGGAUCUGCAAAUGCUCGCCGUAUCAAUUCUACUUCCGAUUGCAUUUCUCUUUCUAGAGCUCAAUCCAGUUGUUAUUUUGUCUGGCAAGAGGAAAGUUCAAACUGCUUAUUAGGGAGAUUUCUAAUGACUUGGAGGACAUAUUCUGGAAAGAAUUGCUGUAAAGUGGGAAUUGGGAUAUGAUGCUUUAUUUGUCUAUCAAAGAACAAUGGAAAGUGACAAGUCAAUUUCUGCUCCCUCAGAUGGGCACAAUGAGCGCGUUCAGAGAAUUCAGCCUCUGCAUGGGCGUACCAGUGGCCCAGCAAGGCGUUCCACAAAGGGGCAAUGGACUGCUGAAGAGGAUGAGAUUUUGCGCAAGGCUGUUCAGCGUUUCAAAGGGAAAAACUGGAAAAAGAUUGCUGAGUGUUUCAAGGACCGGACGGAUGUACAAUGCCUACAUAGGUGGCAGAAAGUCUUAAAUCCAGAGCUUGUUAAAGGUCCAUGGUCAAAGGAGGAGGAUGAAAUAAUAAUAGAGCUGGUGAACAAAUAUGGGCCAAAAAAGUGGUCUACAAUUGCACAGCAUUUACCUGGGCGAAUUGGAAAGCAAUGCAGGGAACGGUGGCAUAAUCAUCUUAAUCCUUCAAUAAACAAAGAGGCAUGGACCCAGCAAGAGGAGUUGGCCUUGAUUCGUGCUCAUCAGAUUUAUGGAAACAGAUGGGCAGAACUGACAAAGUUCUUGCCUGGAAGGACAGACAAUGCUAUAAAAAAUCACUGGAACAGUUCUGUGAAAAAGAAAUUGGACUCUUACUUGGCAUCUGGUUUAUUAGAACAGUUCCAAGGUGUUCCUCUUGUUGUACACCAAAAUCAGCCUAUGCAAUCAUCAUCUUCAAGGGUGCAAAGCUGUGGAGAUGAUACUGGUCCAAAAUGUGGAACAGAAACAGAGGAAGUAUCAGAAUGCAGUCAAGAGUCAGUUGUUGCUGGCUGCUCUCAGACUGCAAGUGGCUUAGGUAAUGCAGUUUUACAUACAAGGGAAGAAUUUCAGCUUACUGAAGAGGCCUGUUUAGGUAAGGAAGGAAGCUCUAGUCCAGCAUCUUGUUCAGAACAAUACUUCACGUCAGUAGGAGAUGUCACUUUUUCCAUCCCAGAAAUACCUUGUGAAGUGGGUUGCCCUUCCAGCUUUCUCCAGCAAAACUUCUCACAGAACCCCUUAACUUGUGCAAGCAGUGAUUACCAAUUUAAUUUACAGGAGUUGCCUAACAUGUCUUCUCUGGAACUAGGGCAGGAUUCAUCAGGGUUAUCAACUCAUUGUAUAGCUGCUAAUGAAAGUCAUGAACUGGUUAAUGUUUCAUUUCAAACUUCCAUGGGAAAUAUCACUGCAAGUUCUGCUAAACCAGAUCACAUCUUGAUAUCAGAUGAUGAAUGUUGUCGAUUCUUAUUUUCAGACGCAAUGAAUGAUGGUAUUUUCUCCUCUGGAAAUUUUACAAAGGGCCCAAACUCAGUUGCUUGUAUAGAUUCCAUAAGUGGUCAAUCAUCAAACUACCAGAUAUCUGAAACUGAUAGAACUACACAAUCAUUUAGUCCUUCAAAAUCUGGUGUAUUGACCACUUCAUGCAGUCAACCAUUUCCAUCUGGUCCUUCACUGCUUUCAUCUGAUGAUAGUAACCCAGUAUGUGGAAAGGAGUCAAAUCAGUUAACUAAUCACUCUUUUGCAGCCCCCGAACAGGAGUUAAUUAGAUGUGAGCAUGAUGAUGACUUUAUAUAUACCAAUGGCAUUGAUAGCUCUCCAUGUGGUGAUCGUACAGAUAGCACAUGCCUGCAAGAGCAACAUUAUCUGAAGGAACCUUCUAAAUUAGUGCCUGUUAAUACUUUUGCUUCAGGUUAUGUUACCAUGCAGUCAUGUCCUGUGGAUGAAAUGCCAAACGUUCAAACAGAACAGCAGGAUGCAGGAGCUCUAUGUUAUGAACCUCCUCGUUUCCCAAGCUUGGAUGUUCCUUUUCUGAGCUGUGAUCUUAUACAAUCUGGUAGUGAUAUGCAGCAAGAGUACAGCCCUCUUGGUAUCCGCCAACUAAUGAUGUCAUCCAUGAAUUGCAUCACUCCGUUUAGAUUAUGGGAUUCACCAUCUCGAGAUGAUAGUCCUGAUGCUGUGCUGAAGAGUGCUGCUAGGACAUUCACCGGUACGCCGUCCAUUUUGAAGAAACGAAAUCGUGACUUGUUGUCACCUUUGUCUGAUAGAAGAGUUGACAAAAAACUUGAGAUUGACAUGACAUCCAGUUUGACCAAGGAGUUUUCAAGGUUGGAUGUUAUGUUUGAUGAGAGUGAAACACACAGAGCAUCUUUGCUGUCUCCAUCUGAUCAGAAAAGGAACAGUGGAUCCACCUAUGAAGAUAAAGAAAAUUUGGAUCCUGCUCUUGAGGGUAGACAGGAAAAUGGGAGAGAUUGCUGUGCAUUUGUGGACAAGAAAGUUUCGGAGAAAGAUUGUGAUAAAAGUGAUUCCCAAGACAACAAAAAACAUGGUACUUCUGAUGCCGAUGCUAAGAAUAAGGUUCAUGCUGAUGUGGAACAGCCUUCUGGAAUGCUUGUUGAAGACAGCAUGAACGAUCUACUAUUAUUUUCUCCUGACCAAGUUGGUUUUAAAGGAGACAAAGCAUUUGCCCCAAGUUCUCGAACUCCAAAGAAUUUAUACCGCAAAAUACUUGGAACUUUAUCAGAAAAAUGUAUUGCUUUGGAAUCUUCACCUGGAAAUUCAUGUAUAGUUGUUAGAUCCCCAACCUUUUGCAAGAAGAACCAUGAUCUUUUACCUGCAUCCACAUCAGCACCUUUAGAAAAUACAAUUGAUAAUACUGAGAACGAUGCUGGUACUGAAAAUCUUAGCAUAUUUGGUGGAACUCCUUUUAAAAGGAGUAUUGAAUCUCCUUCAGCAUGGAAAUCUCCUUGGUUCAUUAAUUCAUUUCUGCCUGGCCCAAGAGUUGACACAGACAUAUCUAUUGAGGAUAUUGGGUAUUUUAUGAGUCCUGGGGACAGAAGCUAUGAUGCUAUCGCAUUGAUGAAGCAGUUAAGCGAGCACACUGCCUCUGCUUAUGCUGAUGCUUUGGAAGUUUUGGGAAAUGAAACUCCUGAAGCACUAUUGGAAAAAAGGUGCUCCAAUGAGAAUCAAGAGAACAAUGAUGUACUAAAUAAUCAGCUUGAGAAUCACUCUCGUUUGGCUUCAAAUAUUUCGACAGAAUGCCGUACCCUUGACUUCAGUGAAUGUGAGGCGCCUGGAAAGGGAACAGAAAAGGGGAGAGCUUCAACUGCCAUGACCUUCUCAAGUCCCUCUUCCUAUCUGUUGAAGGGUUGCAGGUAGCAAUUUGUUCUAGUUAAAUGAGUUCAGCUGUCAUAAUUUGUAGCUUAUAUAAAUAUAUAUAAAUAUGUAUGUAUACUUUUUGCCUUUUUCAAUUUUUUUACCCCUAUUUUUCAUUCUGUGUGGAACACAAAUCCAUUAAUUGAUGGAACACUGUCUCUGUCUGUUGUUGGUGUAUGAUUUUUUUCCCUCCUAUUUCUGUUGGACAUAAUGUUCUUAAUCAUUAAUUUGUUGUAUUUGAA